AUUGUUUCCGCCAUGUCAAAUCCGGCUUCUGGCUCUAUGCUCCCCCCCGAGCUCGAGCGGCACAUCUUUGAACUUGCCGCUUGGAAUGAUCGCAAGGCCAUUUCCAUCCUAUGUCUUGUGGCUGCGCGUGUUCACAUAUGGAUCGGCCCAUUGCGGUACCGCGUCGUCCUUAUACGCGAUGUCCGCGUGCUCGAGAAAGUCCUCCAAGGGCUCUCUGCUAGCCCGGCCGUUGGAGAGCAGAUUAAGUUCCUCGCUGUCAAUGUCCCGUCGUACGCUGACGUCUCGCGGGUCCUCAACUAUCUGCCCAAUGUGCUCGACCUGGGGCUAUGGCACGGCCACAGCGCGGCGUCCAAUCUCCCGCAGCUGGCAAGACUGUCCAGCUUGCGCCGUCUUUCCGUCAACCUCGGGGAGCUGCUCGAGCAGUGGACCGUCGAUGGGUCAGCACUGAGUGGGCUGGCCUGUUUGACACACCUGGAGACGUUCGGAAAGGUGUCCCCCGAGAUGGUCGCCGCGAUCCGGGCCCCACCGGCGCUCACCCACCUCUCCUUCUACGCGAUCUACGCCCAAGACAUCAUCAAGCAGGUCUUGCAUGUCGGUGGGCACCAGCUCCGCCUCGUCGUCGUCACCCAUCUCGACGAGGACCAGAUCACGCUUCCGGAUACGGAGGAUACGAUCAGUCCUGCAGCGGCGCAGCGGCAGAUCGAGGAUCCCCGGUUUGCAGUUGUGCUGUGCAAAGAUUUUGUCAAGGACUGGGUGUCUGGAGUAUGGUAUGGCGUGGAUUACUGGCAGCGCGCGGAAGAAAUAGUCGCAGCAAGAGCACAAGCUGUCAAGGGUUUGUAA